UGUUCCGUGGAAAAGUCUGUAGAAAACCCCGUGGCUCCCAUCGAAAGCCCUCUUCUCAUGAUCCGCCAUUAGGAGUGAGCCGGUGGUGGACUGAACCCCAGGAUGCAGAUUUUCGUUAAAACCCUCACGGGGAAGACCAUAACCCUCGAGGUUGAGCCUUCAGAUACUAUAGAAAAUGUCAAGGCAAAGAUCCAGGACAAAGAGGGAAUCCCUCCCGAUCAGCAAAGGUUGAUCUUCGCUGGCAAACAGCUUGAGGAUGGGCGCACGCUGUCCGACUACAACAUCCAGAAGGAGUCAACUCUGCACUUGGUGCUGAGGCUGCGAGGAGGCGCCAAGAAAAGGAAGAAGAAGUCCUACACCACCCCGAAGAAGAACAAACACAAGAGGAAGAAGGUCAAGCUCGCUGUGCUCAAAUACUACAAGGUGGAUGAAAAUGGUAAAAUCCACCGUUUGAGGCGUGAGUGUCCUGCUGACGAGUGUGGCGCCGGCGUCUUCAUGGCGAGUCACUUCGACCGUCACUACUGCGGGAAGUGCUGCCUGACUUACUGUUUCAACAAACCCGAGGACAAAUGAACAUGACUGUAGGCCACAAUAAAAUCUAAGUGUUUUGACACA